AUGCCUGAAUCAUUCGUUAAAGCUUUCUCACAUCUGAAAAACCUGAAGGAUUCUGGCAAUGCCCUUCAUAUGCUACAGCGAAUUGCUUCCCUGGUCAAACCUAUCAUGAAGAAACACGACUGGGAGUUACCUUGCCUGGCCGAGUUUUACCCUGAUACACAAAAUCUGCUUGUCAUGACACAUUAUCAACAUGGUGCAGCACCAGCUCAAAUGGUUUCGGAAGAUGUUAACGGCGGCGAGAAGAUUCUUCUGAGGCUCAGAUCGCCUCAUGAUCCUGGCAGGUUUCUGGAGCUCGACGGUGUAGUACAAACUAUGCUUCAUGAGCUUACGCAUAACGUGCAUGGCCCACACGACGACAAAUUCUACAGAUAUUUAUCAAGAUUACAAGACGAAUUCGAUGCUCUCGUCAGCUCGGGCUAUUCGGGCGAGGGUUUCUUUGGGAAAGGCCAACGUCUCGGUGUAAACGUAUCCCACAACUUGCCCCCACACCUCGCAAGAGCAAAGGCCCUCGAAGCCGCGGAAAAGCGAAGACGUCUUGGUCAGGUAAUGGGUGGGGGCAUGAGACUCGGUGGUAGCAGCCAAUCGAAUCAAACUCUCAGUCCAAGGGAGUUGGCUGUUCGUGCCGCUGAGCGUCGAGCUCGUGACGAGAAAACUUGUGGCCAGGGUGAUAUUGCAAUGCGAGAAGCGGAGAAAGCCUCAAAGGAUAGCAUCCAAAACGACGUUAUCGACCUUACUCUGUCCGACGAUGAAGAGGUUGAGAUUACCGCUGUAAACCCUUCCUCCACCCCCAAGGUACCAGGUCCGAGUCGUACAGGGACAGGGGAGGCUAGGAACAAGAACUUCCGAACGGAGAUUUCGGAAACUAAGCCUUUAUCAAGUAAAACCGGGUGGACAUGUCCGGUAUGUACUCUUCAGAACCACACUGCCGCGUCACAGUGCGAUGCAUGUCUUACCCCUCGUCCCAUCAAACAAAACCCUGCUGGUUGGACAUGUUCAAUGUGCACAGAAUCUGGGAUAUCGCACGAUCUCUGGUCCUGCACGUUUUGUGGCACAAUCAAAGCAAGUAGUUAA